CUGAUUUGUGAUUUAUUGUAAUUUUAAUCUUAAUCCAAAAUGGAUUUGUUAAUUUUUAAAAAAUAUUGUAUAAUUGCAUUUUUUCUUAGAAUAAUAUUAGUGGUGUAUGCAAACUUUCAUGAUAUUUAUUUUAAUGUGCCAUAUACAGACAUCGAUUACAAAGUGUUUACAGAUGCUGCAAGGCACAUUACAGAAGGUGAUACACCUUUUAAGCGUCACACCUAUCGUUAUACACCACUAUUAGCUUGUUUUUUGAUUCCAAAUAUCUACUUGCAUAAAGAUUUUGGUAAAAUUUUGUUUUCUCUAGUAGACAUUGUAGUGGCAGUGUUAAUAAGAAGAAUACUUACCCGACAAAAAUGGAAUAACAAGGUAGUAACUAUUAGUGUAUUUCUUUGGUUGUAUAAUCCACUUACCGUAGUGAUUUCUACUAGAGGUAAUGCUGAUUCUUUAGCAGUACUACCAGUUAUUUUAACACUAGAUUUUUUACAAACAGAUCAAUUUUUUUUAGCCGGAUUGAUUCAUGGAUUUUCUGUACAUUUUCGAUUAUAUCCAAUAAUAUUCAGUCUGGCUAUGUUUCUAUCCAUUAAUAAAUAUAAUCGUUUUAUACCAAGUCUAAAUCAAUUGAAAUUUGUCAGUGGAUGUGCAUUUUCUUUUCUUGCAUUAACUGGAUUUUUUUAUAAACUUUAUGGCUAUGAAUUUCUAUAUGAAAGUUUUCUCUAUCAUUUGAUAAGAAGAGAUGCUAAACACAAUUUUUCAGUUUAUUUCUACAUGUCCUAUUUAUCAUCUGAAAUCGAAAUGAAUACUAUUAAAAAAAUCUUUAUAUUAUUACCGCAAAUAAUGUUGUUACUAUCAUUAUCGUACAAGUAUUCGGAUAAAUCUAAUUUACCGUUUGCGCUAUUCACUCAGGCUAUGGUAAUUGUAAUUUACAAUUCGGUGAUGACGUCGCAAUAUUUUUUCUGGUUUUUAUCCCUUUUACCACUUUGCCUACCAAAUAUUAAAAUGAGCAACGGUAGAUCUAUAAAUUUAAUUAGUAUCUGGAUUUUGAGUCAAGGUCUAUGGUUAUUUUUUGCUUAUUUGUUAGAAUUUCAAGGAUUCAAUACGUUUUUGUUUUUAUGGAUUUCAGGACUUUUAUUUUUUACUACGAAUGUUAAAAUUUUGACGGACCUUAUUAAAUGUUACAAGGCAUCAUAAAUAUUCUCAAAUUGUAUCUUACAAUGAGUUAUUUAGUUUUGUAGAUUACCUAAUUAACAAAUAAAACGAUGUAUUUCCAAUUACGUAUUGAAUAAAAUUAAUAUAAAAAUAAA